GCGACUUGAAGCAGCUCGGGCUGCCGCCGCCUCAGAGUCGCGCGCGGGGCGUGGGGCGGUGCUGAGGAGGAGGACCUGAGGUGUCAGGCUGAGGCGAGAUAGUCUCCGGGACCGUCCUGGGAGGCGCAGCGAGGCGGGAGUCCGCAGCCAGAACAACCCCAGAGCAGAAGCAGCUGCUGCCGCUGCUGCCGUCCGCGGAGCCCAGCCGAGCUGGCCAUGGCGCUGUCAACGCCGCUGAACGGGUUGAAGGAGGAGGACAAAGAGCCCAUCAUCGAGCUUUUCGUCAAGGCUGGCAGUGAUGGUGAAAGCAUAGGAAACUGUCCCUUUUCCCAGAGGCUCUUCAUGAUUCUUUGGCUUAAAGGAGUUGUGUUUAGUGUCACAACUGUUGACCUGAAAAGGAAGCCUGCAGACCUGCAGAACUUGGCUCCGGGGACCCACCCACCAUUUAUAACGUUCAGCAAGGAGGUCAAAACGGAUGUAAAUAAGAUUGAAGAAUUUCUUGAAGAAGUCUUAUGCCCUCCCAAGUACUUAAAGCUUUCACCAAAACACCCAGAAUCAAAUACUGCUGGAAUGGACAUCUUUGCCAAAUUCUCUGCAUAUAUCAAGAAUUCAAGGCCAGAGGCUAAUGAAGCAUUGGAGAGGGGUCUCUUGAAGACACUGCAGAAACUGGAUGAAUAUCUGAAUUCUCCCCUCCCUGAUGAAAUUGAUGAGAAUAGUAUGGAGGACAUUAAGUUUUCCACAUGUAAAUUUCUGGAUGGCAAUGAAAUGACACUAGCUGAUUGCAACCUGCUGCCCAAACUGCACGUUGUCAAGGUGGUGGCCAAAAAAUAUCACAACUUUGAUAUUCCAAAAGGAAUGACGGGCAUCUGGAGAUACUUAACUAAUGCUUAUAGUAGGGAUGAGUUCACCAAUACCUGCCCCAGUGAUAAGGAGGUUGAAAUAGCAUAUAGUGAUGUCGCCAAAAGACUUACCAAAUAAAACAGUACU